AUGCCGGGACCUUCGCCGAACGACGCUAUGCAAGCAUUGGGCCUGCUGUUCGUGCAUGCUGAAAACAACGAUGAGUUGCACAGCAUAGCAAGUGCCUGGCCGAGUCCGCAACCGCUUACCCAACAGAUGUUCCUGGUGAAUCACGGGAAUCUGCAGACGUCUUUCGGCCGAACCGUCGUCCUCGUUACGGUGUGCCUAAUUUUCACGCCCGACCAUUGCCGCCAUGCAGGUCUCGCACUAUUGACGCAACACGACAUCUUGCUCGCUGUCAAUCUUGUGCGCACACGAUUGUCGCACGGUCGCACACAGUCUCCAUAUUCCGCUCUGCCGCCUGCCCUUGGCGCAUAUUAUUGCAAGCACGACCAAUUCUCAGCGUCAGGCGUCGGCAAGUCGCUUGGAGCUCAAGGGCCGGCGGAUGAUCUCAUGCUUCGCGCCUCUUUGCGGAAAGCCACAUGA